GCCCAAGCAGCCCAUGGAAUUUCAUAACCUGAGCUCUCCCUCUCCUUCCUUCUCUCUCUCCCUCCUCACCCCUCCCUCCCUCCCUCCCUCUCCCUCCUUCUCUCCCUCUGCCUUCACCACUGCCUUGGGGUCCCCUGGAGAGGCCUCGGCUCCCUGCCACCCGGCCCCCUCCCCUGUCGUGUCCGCCCUCCUGGCGCCAGUCCUGGGAGUGGAGUUUGUCCUGGGCCUGGUGGGGAACAGCCUGGCGUUCUUCAUCUUCUGCUUCCGCGCGCGGCCCUGGACGUCCAACACCGUGUUCCUGGUCAGCCUGGUGGUCGCUGACUUUCUCCUGCUCGUCAACCUGCCCCUUCGCGUGGACUACGACUCCCUCCAUGAGACCUGGUGCUUCGGGGGCACCGCCUGCAAAGUCAACCUCCUCCUGAUCGCCAAAGCGCUCAGCCGCUACCUGAAGGUGGUAUGGCCCCACCAUGCGCUGAGCAGGGCCUCCGCGGGGGGAGCUGCCUGGGUGGCCGGGGGACUCUGGGGGACCGUCCUGCUCCUCAAUGGGCACCCGCUCCUGACCAGCGCUUCCAGCCACUCCUGCCUCAGCUACCAGCUGGGCACAAGGCCCUCGGCCUGACUCCGCUGGCACCAGGCGCUCUUCGUGCUGGGGUUCUUCCUGCCGCGGGCGCUCAUCCUCUCUGCCACGGUGACCCUCACACUCGCCAUCCGGCGCCGAGGCCUGGAUGGGCAGGUGGGCCCCCGGAGGGCCAUGCGCAUGCGGGCUGCGGUGGUGGCCGUCUACACCGUCUGCUUCCUGCCCAGCAUCAUCUUCGGCAUAGCUUCCAUCCUGGCCUUCCGCCUGCGUGACUGCCGCACCCUCGACAUCUGCUCGCAGCUCUUCCACGGCUCCCUGGCCUUCACCUACCUCAACGGUGCCCUGGACCCUGUGCUCUACUGCUUCUCCAGCCCCAACUUCCUCCAUCAGGGCCGGGCCCUGCUGGGCUUCACCCAGAGCUGGCACGGCCCAGGUAGCGACGAGAGCACCUACCAGCCCUCUGCCUGGCACUGGGCGGCCUCUAGGAAGGUGGUGGCCACUAGGAAGCUGCAGGCAGAGGUCUCGCAGGAGGUUUCGGAGGAGGGGUGAGCAGGAAGGUCCCUCCCAGGACUGGGGCUCUGCUGUGGUGCUGCAGGAGGGAGGACUGCCAGGAUCUGGCCUGGAGGGACAGGGUCACUCCCUGGACUGUUGCCAGCACAGGGUGCCUCAACCAACUGGACAAGAGACAUCUGCAGGAGCCAGGUGGGUGGCAGGGAGAGAAAAGGUUUAUGGCUUGGAGUGGUGUGGCCGGGAUGAUGUCCCUAUGGCACAGAGCAGAUGGGGACAGGCAGAGGCUGUGGGAGCCCCAGCUCAGACAGAGGACCACACAGCUGCCCUGUCCUGGGGCCAGAGCUGGAGGACUG